AGAUUGCAUUUGACAUUGGUGCGUUGGUUAACGUUGCUCUUAUGUUUUUGGUAAUGUCAAAGUUAGGGAAGUGUCAAGCGGUAUUGUGGUUAUAAAACUUUCAGAAGAAAAAAAAAAAGAAGAUAAACACUGACAGUUAUAUUAUAAUAACAGGGAACGGCGGAUGGUGAUGUGCAGGGUAAAGAGUGUUGUCGGUAUGGUAUUUUGGGUAUGGUGUGGUGGGGAUUCGGACUCGAUGGACCUUUCAGACAGAUUGCAGAUACCUGUUCGUAUUGUACCGGAUCGUGCUGCUUGUUUAUCGAAGCAAUUUGAAAGUUGUGGCGACGUGAAAGAAGGAACUGACAGAAAAAUGGAAUCAUAAUUGUGAUUUAUUAAUUGAAAUUGAGGCGUAAUUAUUUGGAUAUAAUUGACACGACGGUUCCGGGCCAGCGGAUGUUAAAUUUGUGAAGCAAUAUUUGGAGAAGCUGACUGUCAUAAAACAAUUUGUGGAUGACGUUUUAUUUGUGUCUCUUGGUGAAUCAGUGUGCAAGAUGUUUCCCUAUAUUUGGAUUUAACCUCUUGGAAUUCAAGAAAACAUGUUUUUGUUAUGUACGUUAACCUCAUGAUCCAUACUUGAAACUAUUGCGAACGCCGGUUUUGAUCCAUCAAGUGUUAGCAGAACAAUCUGGAACAUGGAAGGAGUUUCAGGAGAUUUACAAACAAAGUAUCAGAAAAUAGCAGCCGAAUAUUCGAAGAUUCGAGCCCAAGCUAAUGUUUUGAAGAAAGCUGUUGUGGAUGAGCAGACUAGAAAUGCAGAAUUACGUGACCUCCUCAGAGAAAAAGAACAAAGUCUACGAAAAGCUGACCAAGAAAUGGACAGCUUAACAUUUCGUAAUCAACAACUCACAAAACGUGUCACAGUUUUACAAGAAGAAUUAGAUGUUUUACAAUGUCGACAUAAGAAAGGUAAAAGUAAGAGUGGUGACACUCAUCAAGGAUCAGAUAUAGGGAAUCAUGUGAUUGAUGAAGAAUUUCACAAGACAGUUUAUGAAAAUGCUCGUCUUUUAUCAUUGAUGCAUGAUAAGGAUGCUGCUCAUGAGGAAGAAAUGACUGCCCUGAAACAGCGUUUGGAAAGUUUGGAACAUGAGUUGCAUCAAAGACAUGCUGUUAAUAGUGAUGCAGAGAUGAAAUAUAAGGCUGUAAUUGAUCAACUUCAAGGGGAGAAACAACGUCUCACUCAGAAUGCAGAAUCACGAGCACAAGUGUUGGAACAAACUUCACAGGACCUUCAGCAGUUGCAACAGCAGCACUCUCAGAUGAAAGGGGAACUGGGAGCACAAUUGGAUUCUGCUCAUUCCAUUAUUUCUCAUCAUUUACCCUUUGUUGAUUCCAAAAAUGUGGAACUCAAUGAACUUAAUGUUCCUCUUCAUGAUAGAAAACAUCAGUUGUAUGCACUUCAUGUUAUUGCUCAGGCUGGUUUGCAUAUUAGAGAUUUGACUGCUGCCUUAUCCGAUUUUCAUACAUAUACUGAGCAAAGGCUGCAUUACAUGAGUUCUGCUGAACUCAGCCCGAUUAAUCUUAAGUUUUCCAACCAUUUAAAAGAAAAUGCACGAUAUCUACGAGCAUUGGAGCAAGGAUAUCAGGAUUUUCAAGCUGGAGUGGAAAGUGACGGUUUAACAUUAUUGGAGACACUUCCUUCUUUACAUAAACUAAGCAGUCAACUGACUGUGUAUGCAAAUUACUUAUGUAAACUGCGACAAUAUAAUUUACUGAGUGUUAAUGAAGAGAAUUCUCAACUAACAUGCACAGAAGGUUUAGAAGCCUGUAAUCGUGAGGUGGCUCAACAUGUAACUUCCUUAACUAAUCAUUUUUUGAAAUUGAGUACCUACGUGCAAUUGUUAGCUGCUCAAAGUAGACGGACAUUCCAACAUCCUCCUCCUUCUCAGCGUAGAUUUCUUUUGGAAGUCACAGAGAUUUUGAAAGGACUUCAUGAAACAAUAAAAGAUCUUUCUCGAGCAUACAGUACGAAGAGUCGGUUGGAACAUGAACUACCUACUUCAGCAGAAAGACUGCUAACUGCAGAUGAGUGUCUUGAAAAAUCUUUGACAGCAAUGGUUGCUGCCAGUUCAAAGCUGGCAGGUGUAUUGUCGGAUAGUCGUGCAGAGUUAUGGAAAUCUAUUGGACCUGUAUCAAAUAAUCCCAGAGUCCGAAAUCAUCCAGUUGUAACAGCUUUUAAGAAAAGAGCUGCAUCUUAUAUAAAUUUUCUUGAACAGCAGGAGGAACCACCGUCUGUGCCUUACGAGGAGGCACUGCAGGAACGUGAAGAAGCAAGAAGUAGUGCAGUAAGCCAUGAAUCUUUAACUGAACAAUUAACUCAGUGCCGAGAGCGUGCUACUAAAUUGGAAAAGGAACGUGAGCAUUGGCGCUUAGAGUAUCAGCUACUCCAGCUUAGUCACCGCAAGAAGGUGAAAGAUUUAGAAGAGCAGCUCCAGUCGCUUAGUGGAACUUCCACGCCACGAAGUUCUGAUGGUAUAGGAGAUGGAGACACAACUUCUCAAGCAACAGUAACUGGUCCUGUUAAUGUAACUAAUUUACUGGGUCGCUUAGAAGCACCUCUGGCAUUAACAGCUGAAAUGGAUGCACGGGAACAGGAAGUGAAGAACUAUUUCCUUGGGCGACUAAAUGAAUUAGUAGCUGCUUGCCAGGAGGCAGAAUCUAAAUGUGCUGCAUUAACUGCUGAGUGCCAAGUGUUACAGAUACGUUUAAAACUAAGUCUGCAAGGGAAACAACAAGUUGAAACAUCUUUGCAAGAAACUCAAGAUGCUUUGAUACGUCUUCAAGAUGAACUUCAUACGACCACACAAAAUUAUGAAGCCCAGCUUAGUAUAAUGUCAGAACAUCUAGCUAAUAUGAAUGACAAAUUGACUGUUCAGUGUGAUGAAAUAGAUCAAUUGAAAUAUCAAUUGUCAAAUAAACCCAUUCGGAAGGGAAAACUAAAGUGAGUGCCUGAGAAGUUCUGCAGGGAACAUUCCAUUGAUGUUGCAAUAUAGUGUGAUAUGAAUUAAAUACAGUACAUCAACCUGGUACAAAAAGCAGUGGAUAAGAUUAUAAUUUUGAAAUUUAAAAAUGGUAAAAUGUUGUUAUUAAGUUGCAAUUGUGCAAAUGUUUUGUGAGAUAUUACACCAAUAUAGUUUUAGCUUUUUAUUAAAAUUGUUAUAGUGAAUUAUAAUUUCUUGGAUUAAGCUUCCUACUAGCACAUGUUGAGUAAUAAUUUCUCAUUUCUACAAAUGAGGCAGUUCAUAGUGUUGAACUAGUAUAUCAUAUUACUUUUACAAGUGUCUGCUCAAACUGAUGUAAAAUAGAAUUUGAAGCAUCUUGUGAUAUUGUUAACUGUUCUAUUUUGUAUAUAUGAGAAAAUAUUUAGAAAUAUUCCCGUGUUGUCAGUACUGCAUUUCAUAGGCAACGUGAAUGAAUGUUUUUCGUAUAAUAUUAUUAGUGAAGUGUUUUGUAUUUGAUGUAGAAGAAUCAUGUCCUUUGGACCACUUUAUGGAACAGAAUACUCAAAUGAGGAGAAUGUGGCAGCUGGUUCUGCUUCUCUAUUGUCUUUUUAUUUUUGUGGUAUAUAGUGAUGAGUGAACAGUAUGCUGUUAAGUUAUAUGCAUUUAAUGGCUUCCAUUUAUUAGAGACUCACCGGUCUAAAAUAAUUUUUGUGAAAUUCGUUGUCUUGUUGAUGUUUCCUAAAUGAGAGUGCUAACAUUUCAGUGGCUUUCACGUGGAUUACUGACGUCAAUCAAAAUAUUUGUAUUAUUGCCUAAGAUGCUGCAUUAUCCAAGCCAAGCUAUACUGUUGUUGAAGUGAAAGUAAAUUCAAGAAAUAAUUAUUCUAUUUUCUUGAACAGCCAAUAAUUGAAGAUGUCUGACCAUUAUUUAUUGCCCCUAUUGUGUACUUUGUGCCAUUAGUAUUUAAUAAUUUGAAAAGAAAUAUACAAUGAAUGGGGACUGAUGAUUGGGCAAGGGCAUAAAGUGGUCUGUAUUAUAAUUAUUUCAUUUCGGUCAACUGUCUUUGCACCAAAGAAUUUUGCUUUAAGUCCUAAUGAAUUAAUAUAAUUAUACUUUUAAGUUUUCUUAAUUGUGGUUGCGUAUGUACAGAUGUAGAUUUCUGUCUAGUUAAUAUUAAAAGCUGGGCUUAUGACCCUUCAGAUAUCAAAAGGAUGUUUGUAUCCAGAAUAGAAAAUGCAAUGUGUGUUGUUUCUAAAACCUGUGUAAAAUGUUUUCGAAUUUAUAUUCGGAUGGUCUAUUGUUGCAUUUGGAACAACUUUCUCCCUCUGCAUUUUUUUUAAAUCAAGAUAUAUGGAUAUGUUUUCAAAAUCUAUGACUUAGCCCAAAUAUGUCAUAAGAUAAUGAAUGCUCAUUCAGUAUAUAUGUACAUGAAAACUUUGCCUGUAUUUGUUUGUAAUAUAUAUUGCUAUCUCGAUUGUUAAAUUUUGUAAUAUGAACAAAAUAUUUGUGCAAUGCUUUUUUUUUCUUUCUUCUGAAGUGUACAAUUUUCUUUUUAUAAUUUAAAUUGAAAAGGAUUCUUCAAAUUACAAUGCUCUGUAUUUGAUUAAAUGUAUUUACAAAUGAAAUAAAUAUACAUUUGAAAGGGAAAAAAAUAUUUACAAUUUACUACAAUUCAGAUUCUUGAACAAUAUUACUCAGAAACCACAUUAAACAAUUCAGUCUAAUUUUAUAGAAAAUGAAGCUCCACAGGAACAACCUUGCUCUGCUUGAGGAUUGUUAACUAUCCUAAAAGCAGAUCUUAUAAGUUCUUCAUGAUAUUCAAUAGUAGAUCCUCGAAUGUAGUCCAAUGAUGUAGAAUCUAUUACAACACGAACUCCAUCAUUUUCAAACAUCACAUCAUCUUCUUGUGUUUUAGAAUCUAAGUUAAACUUGUAUUGGAAUCCUGAACAUCCUCCACCUUCAACAACAAUCCUCAGGAAUGUGUUGUCAUCAUCAACUAUUUGUUUCAGUCUUUUUGUGCAACUUGUGCUUAAAGUCACCCCAUCGGCUGCGGCAUGAUUUUUUGGAUUGGGAGAAUCUGAACUCAGUUUUAAUCAAUGUAUACGUUAGCGGAACCUGACAGUUCAACUGAUCGACGAUUAUUAAUAAAAACUACUAUUAAUUAAUGUAUAUGAAUAUGACGUUCAGUUCUCUCCAUUAAUAAACUUAAUUUCACUAUUGGAAAUGUUUGAAAAUUAAAAUCGAUUCAUGACUUUAGUUCUAAGGCGUAUUCAAAGAUAGCGUUUUGGUGCAGCAAGUGGCAGGUCUACUCACACUGUACGAAGAACUUAUUAACCACAUUUCUCCUAAAAAUGGGUACAUACGUGGUAGAAAUGGAUUUGAUAUGUUACGUACCUAUGCGAGAGAUUAAUUAAUCCAAAAUACGCAGAUUUGUUGGUGAAUGGAACUGAGAAAUUCUUCAACAUGUACAGUCGAACAAACGCCGCCAUCUUUGCUGGAUUCGCUGUGACGUAUCGAAGGGCAUUGUGGGAUUGCUAAUUAGAGUGCAGUGAAUUUUUAUCAAAAUCGACCUUCAUGGCUGUCAAGAAAGGCUUGUUUUUGGAAGAAAAUUUAAGAGUUUCCCUAUGCGGUUGACAUAUUAUUUUAUUACAUGAGUGGGCUGCUAGUAUUGCUGAAGAGUUUUGUUUGAGUUGUGUGAUUGUCGACGCCAAUGUUUACUGGAACCGUGAAGGUGACAAUAUGCGAGGCUUGCGGGUUGAGACCUACGGAUUUUCAAAAGCGGCAUAAUAUGGCGUUUGGGAAACCAGAUGACCAGCCAAUAGAUCCUUAUGUGUCAAUAGACGUGGAUGAAAAUCAUUUAGAUCGUUCUUCAACGAAACCAAAGACUUUCAACCCAGUAUGGAACGAAUACUUCGUCCACGACGUGCAAAGCGCCGUCAACCUGGGGUUGACUGUUUUCCACGAUGCCGCCAUCCCGCCAGAUGAUUUUGUGGCAAAUUGCACUAUUCCAUUUGAAGAUCUUGUUCAUAGGGAGCAAGAUUCUGCAGAUUUGUGGGUGGACUUAGAACCUCAAGGAAAAUUGCAUAUACGUAUUGACCUGAAAUGGAAGACCCAAGGUCAAGAGGUCCAACCUUCAAAACCAAGGGAAUUCAAGGAGCGCCAGGGCUUCAACCGCCGGCGUGGGGCCAUGCGCCGGCGGGUCCACCAAGUUCAUGGACACAAAUUUAUGGCCACAUUCCUCCGUCAGCCAACUUUCUGCUCACACUGCCGUGAAUUUAUUUGGGGAUUGGGUAAGCAAGGAUAUCAAUGCCAAGUAUGCACUGUUGUUGUGCACAAAAGAUGCCAUCAGUCUGUGGUUACAAAAUGCCCUGGAAUGAAGGACAAUUCUUAUGAGCAAAAUCUAGGCACACAGGGUCAACGCUUCAGUGUUAACAUCCCCCAUCGGUUUGAACUGCAUACAUAUAGACGUUUCACGUUUUGUGAUCAUUGUGGUUCAUUACUUUAUGGCCUUAUUCGCCAGGGUCUUCAAUGUGAAGUUUGUAGCAUGAAUAUUCACAAACGCUGCCAGAAAAAUGUGGCCAACAAUUGUGGAAUUGAUACUAAGCAGAUGGCUGAGACACUGGCUACAUUGGGCAUUACUACUGAUAAACUGGCCCCUAGAAGCAAGGGAAAUAUCUCUGGUCCAACAGGAGACAAAAACAGUAUGUCAUGCAGUUCUACACAAUCAACCUUGGAGGAUAAGAGUGCUGAGGCUUCCGCUGGAGCUGGCUCACAGGCGGAUGAGGACGGUGAGAAUAACCUGCAGCUUCUCUCACAGCCUGAAGACAAGGGUGCUGACGCAGAGGCUGCAGACAAAGGUGCUCAGUUUCUCUGUAGUGUUCUCUGUUUGCCCUGUACGACCCCGUCCGCGGGGUCAGGCCUCACGUUUAUUAUUUUUCCAGCUGGAAAAGGUAUUGCUGGAGAGCCUUGUGGCCGUGGGGAGAAGCAUAUGGGCCUGGAAGACUUCCAUUUCAUUAAAGUGCUUGGCAAGGGCAGCUUUGGAAAGGUGAUGCUAGCAGAGCGAAAGGGCACAGAAGAGGUGUAUGCUGUAAAGGUGCUGAAAAAGGAUGUUAUUAUACAGGAUGAUGAUGUUGACUGCACUAUGACAGAAAAACGCAUUCUGGCAUUAGCAGCCAAGCACCCAUUCCUCACUGCUCUUCACUCCUGUUUUCAGACUAAAGAUCGUUUGUUUUUUGUUAUGGAGUAUGUGGAUGGAGGUGAUCUUAUGUUCCAAAUUCAGAAGGCUCGGAAAUUUGAUGAGCCAAGGGCAAGAUUCUAUGCUGCUGAGGUGACUUUGGCUUUGCAAGAUCUGAAGCUGGAUAAUAUUCUUUUGGACCAUGAGGGCCAUUGUAAACUGGCUGACUUCGGAAUGUGUAAAGAAGGUAUUGCUGAUGGUGCUACCACCACAACAUUUUGUGGCACUCCUGAUUACAUAGCUCCUGAGAUCCUUCAAGAACUGGACUAUGGGCCUAGUGUUGACUGGUGGGCUUUGGGGGUACUCAUGUAUGAAAUGAUGGCUGGCCAGCCUCCUUUUGAAGCUGACAAUGAGGAUGACUUAUUUGAAUCUAUUCUUCAUGAUGAUGUUUUGUAUCCUGUUUGGCUUAGUAAGGAGGCAGUUUCAAUUCUGAAAGGAUUUUUGAAAAGUCUGCUGUCUGAUUCAGCAGACACUACACGUAGGGGACACUUGAAUUGCACCAGCAGAGUUCAUGGGCAGGCAUAUCCUGGCCUUGAUGAACAUUUUAAGUUGCAGACGUCAAAGACAGAAAACUUUGCAACUUUAUACGAAUUGAGGGCAGCAAGAUUAAAGUCUACAGAUAGCACAUCCAGUGAUGACAUUGCGUGUGUUAUUUUUUUGUUCAUGACAAAAAACCCUGCAAAACGGUUGGGAUGUGUAGUAGCCCAAAGAACAGAAGCAGCCAUUCGAGAGCAUUCUUUCUUCAGAGAUAUGGAUUGGGAUGCUUUGGAGCAGCGGAGGGUGAAGCCACCUUUUAAGCCAAAGAUUAAGAGCAAGAAAGAUGCUGUGAAUUUCGACCAAGAAUUUACAAAGGAAGAGCCUGUGCUGACUCCAGUUAAUUCUGAUGUGGUGCGGGCCAUCAACCAAGAUGAAUUCAAGGGGUUUUCGUUUAUCAACCCGGAUUUCAACCCGGGCAGAUAUCAAGGGGAAAAGGCUGCGGCCUAGGGUGCCCAGGCAUCAGUUAUUAAUUUUCAUGUUCCAAUGGCAACAUGUUCUUUUCUACUCCUAUGUUUCCCUUUCUGUUGCCAGAGUAACAUACAGGCUGUCUGUCGAAGUUAUCAUGUCUACAUGAGAUUGCUUACUUUCUGUCUUCACAGCAACAGCAUAGCUGCCUAAUGUUGUUGCUAUGGGGACUGAGUAGUAAUCUCAUGGCUGAAACAUUUUGAGUCAGCAUAUAGUAUUUUUAACAUGGUAACAAGAAGGCAGCCUGCCCAUAGAGUAGAUCUAACUCUAGCGAUUUAUAGAGUACGUAGUCUCUAAAUCUUACUGUCCAGCUGACCAGCCCUUGUCUUUUAACCCUCAAUGUCCUAAUGGUAGCAUUGUUUGUGUCAGGUCUAGUACAGUUGUUGUCUGCAUUUUUAUAUACACAUAAUACUAUUCUAUAGAUAGAAAGUAUUUUGCAUGUAGCCAGAUGAGCUUUUAUGGUAAGUACAUGCAUUGAAUUAUUAACUCUGUUGUUACAAAUGAAUGACAUUUCUGUUGAUGCACCAGGACCCCACAGACGGCUAGUCCGUGUGUGUAGUCUGUGAAUCUCGUACUUAAUCUGGGCAUGAGCAUUGUUGCACAUGCCUGUGUAUACAUAAAUAUACAUACUGUACAUUAUAUAUAAAUAUAUAUAAAUAUAAUUAUUUGGUGCUCAAAAGUGAGAUGACAGUCAAGUUGUUUUGAGCACAAUCAUGUAACAAGAUGUGAUUUCUCUU